CCGACCCUCUGAUUUCCUUCAUCCUCUCGUGUUUCUCCUUCAUCGUUUCGAGCUUUCUCUCAUCUGGUUCUUAAUCAAGGUAAACUAAUUUCCUUCAUUUCUUGAUCUCCUACUCUAAUCUCCUGAUUCUACUCAUCACCUCGACGAUUUGAUGAGAGAUUCUUUUAUUGAUUCUAAUCCUAUGAUAAUCCGAUGCACAAAUCUCGGUUGACAAUCUAGGUUUGCAGUUUUGAAGUUCUGUAUUUUGGAAUCGGAAUCAGUUCUGAAUUUAGGUCUUUUAAUUGCAGAGGUUCGAUUCAAGUGAAGGUCGAAAAUGUCUGGACGUGGAAAGGGAGGAAAGGGACUGGGAAAGGGAGGAGCCAAGCGUCACAGGAAGGUUCUCCGCGAUAACAUUCAAGGCAUCACAAAGCCAGCGAUCCGCAGGCUCGCUCGCAGGGGAGGAGUGAAGCGUAUAUCCGGUCUGAUUUACGAAGAGACUCGUGGAGUUCUGAAGAUCUUUCUGGAGAAUGUGAUCAGAGACGCGGUCACAUACACGGAGCAUGCUCGCCGGAAGACUGUCACCGCCAUGGAUGUGGUCUAUGCUUUGAAGAGGCAGGGAAGGACUCUGUAUGGGUUCGGCGGUUAGAUAUUGUGUUUUUCUGAUGUUCACGCAAGGAAUUUAUCAGUAUUGUUUUCGUUUCUUCUUCUUAAUCUUCUGCGAUUGGCUCUGUAAUUACAGUUGAUGGGAAAUUGGGGAAGGGUGUUGUGGGCUGUCUAGUUGUAGUUCAGUUUAGCUCUUCAUUGUAGAAGCUUUUGUUUGAAAUGGUAUUAAUCACAGCUGAAGUCUUCAUUCAUUUGGUCUCAAAUCAAAAUCUUUCUGCUCU